AUGGGUCUCUCAUACAACGUUUACUUGACUGCCAACAAGAUCUUUGGUUGUAAGGGAUGCAAGACCCAUCUGGCAGACUUCAAUGAGAUUAUGAGCCGGAACUUCCGAGGCCAACACGGGAAAGCAUACCUCUUCAAUAAAGUUGUCAACGUCACGCAAGGCGAAGCUGUAGAGCGCAGCAUGACAACAGGACGACAUAUUGUGCGCGACAUUUCGUGCAGACAGUGCAAGGAAACGGUAGGAUGGAAAUACGACAAGGCGUACGAGAACAGUGAGAAAUACAAGGAGGGAAAGUUCAUCCUCGAGGAGGAACUCUUCUGUGUCGUUUGUUAG